CCUCUCGCUUUCUAUUCCAACCCCUUGCUUUAUCUCUCUCUCUCUCACAUUUCCUCCAUCCAUCCCCCCUGCCCAUUUCAUCAGCAUUUCUCCGUCGCUGGGGUUUCCUUUGUUUAUCCUUUUUCUCUUCUGGGAGGGGUGGGGAAGGGGAGACGAGGGGAGAGUCUUGAAAACUUGCGAGAGGACAAGGGGUUUUCUCGCCCUCCGAUCUUUUAGACAUCUUGAUCCGGUUCAGGCUGCUUGAGUUCAAGUGACAUAGUUGAGUGUUUGCAUGUGACACAGUAUUGUAGCAUCUCUUGGUCCGUGCUUUUCUGAAGCUCCAGAGAAGAACAACUUGCCUAAUGCAAGGGCAAAGGAGUUCCGUGGAACCCUUCCCUGAAGCAUUUGAAUUUGAAAAUGUAUCAAGUUCGAGCAAUUCUGCCAUUGAUCAACAAAUGUACUGGAAUAACAUGCUUCUUGAUCCAGUAGAGACCCAGAACCUACCAGAUUAUCUAGUGUCUCCCAGUGAUGCUAAUAUGUCAUACAUAAACAUGGCCGCUCAAAAUGAUUCUCGACUGAGCAUCUGGAGCUCGGGGGAAUCUAGUUCAAGGGAGCACCCAGUAAACCAUGGCAGCCAUGAUGAAACCAAAAUGGAGCAUGGGUGGAUGCCACUGACAAUUAAUGUGGGAGGUGGCUUGAGGAUAGAGGAAAGGCAUUUUGAAGCAGCCAGUAUGCUUUCUAAUGUCAACAUUAAUCUUAAUGCAACUCAAGUUGACAAUGAGCAAUCUGUACAGGAUUCCAAUUUAAAUGAUGUCCCUCAGAACUCAGAACACAAUGCUGGUCGUGUUGAUAUCAACAGCGAGGUCUCAGAAGCAAGGCUAUGCCCUCAUCCUACUUAUACCCCAGGCUUAUUAGAACUUGAGCAUGUUCCAUCUUUGAAUGGUCCUUCAAAUUCUUGUGGAAAUUCUUCUGGAGGGAUUGGCUUUAUGCCAGAAGAUGGUGAUGGAAGGCCAGGAAGUUCAUUGGAUGGUCGGCGCUUAGCCUGCAAAAGGAAAAACACUGAAGGUGUACCUGCUGGAAAUGCAAACUUUAUACACCAAGGGGAGAAUAGUUUACUGCAUUCUGCUUCUUCUAGUUAUAAUCCUGCUGCUGGUUUAAAUAUAGGUAGCUCAUCAGAUUAUCUAUCUGCAGCAAAUCCUUCUGAAGGACAUCUAAAUGCAGGUUUUGGCACCAUCAUGAGAGGAGUAGAUUCUGAAUGCUAUCCUUCUGCAAGUACAACACACAACGUGGAGAACUUGCAUAGAAGUUUUCGAAUGAGAAUGAACCCUGCCCAUUCCCCACCUAAUUCAUGGUCCUCAGGGAAUACUGUGAGGCGCUUUAAUGUAUUAUCACCCAAUCAACCACCUUUCCAUCCUAUCCCAUUUAGUCAGCCACUAGAACCACUGCCAAUAGGUGCUAGUUCAAGCUCACAUAUUCAGCCUCAUAUGCCAGUUAUUCCUGGUCUGCCUCAAACAUUAUACCAUUUCCCAUGGACUGGAGCUUCCAGUUCAAGAAUUGGUAGUUCAUCAAGCUCUGUCAACUCAGAGGAGAGAGUGAUUGUCAUGCAAGAGGACACAAACUCAAGAAACAUGACAAUAAACAAUGCUUCAGAUUUUGUUCCCACAUCUGAUAUGCCCCAUUUGGUGCAAGAUCGGACAAAUUGGAAUCUGUCUGAUAGGAGCACUAGUGUUGCUGGAAAUGGAGUGUCUGCUUCACAAACUGGCACUAGUUCAGUGGUCCAUCCAACAUUAGGACCUACCUGGGUUUCUCAUCCAAAUCCCCCUAGCCAAUAUCCUCGAAACUUAUCAGAUGGUGUUCGGCGGUCGUUGUUAUCAUCUGGUGGCUCUGAAUCUGGAGGUCAGAUGGGUAGCUUUUCUCUACAACAUUCUGGUCACUCUAUUACAUCACAGGGAAGAGGUCAUCGAUCUGGGCCUCUUAUCCGUGUUCAUCCGCAGCUGCCCUUAAGGUCAGCAAAUUUUAGGGACCUACAAAAUGAUAAUGUUUUUGGUGUUCCCUUGACUAUGAGGAGUAUAAUAGCUGCAAGGGAAGGGAGAAGCAGGAUGAUAUCAGAGAUUCGUAGUGCACUGGAAUCCAUGCGUAGGGUGGGAAAUUUACGAUUUGAGGAUAUCUUUAUCCCCGACCAGUCUGUCGUCUAUGGGGGCGCUGACUUGCACGACAGGCAUAGAGACAUGCGGCUGGAUGUAGAUAAUAUGUCUUAUGAGGAAUUAUUGGCACUGGAAGAGCGGAUAGGAAAUGUGAGCACGGGACUCAGCGAGGAGGCGAUUUUGAAGUGUCUAAAGCAGCGCAAAUAUUUGUUGGGGAGAGUGGAAGCAUCUAUGGAAGUUGAACCAUGCUGUAUCUGUCAGGAAGAAUAUGUUGAAGGGGAGGACCUUGGCACCCUGGAUUGUGGACAUGAGUUCCAUACGGCUUGCAUCAAACAGUGGCUGAUGCACAAGAACUUGUGCCCCAUUUGUAAGAACACUGCUCUAGCGACAUGAGGGUGCUCCAUUCUCUGAUUGGAUGCAUGAGCGAGCUCUGCACGAGAUAUGUCUUUGCCUCGAAAUCAUUAAAUCCAUCGACACUCGUGGAUGAUUUUUUUAUUUUUUUACUUUUGUUGUUUCUCUCGACUUUUGCUUGGCAAAUUUUGCCAUUCCUUAAAGUUGUUUUCCUGCUGACUGCACUGCUCUCCAAAUGAAUAAACCCAGCAACUGUGUAUAUAACAUUUUAGAUGUGCAGCUUAAUAGAUGCUGUGAAUUUAAUCUCU